AAAGAUAGCAGUAACGGAACCCCCAUAUCUGUCAGAAACAAUGCUUGACAUCAAAUAUUGGUUCAAGAAUAUGAGCAUAAACGAUAACGGCUUUGCUUGAAAUAUAGAUUCUUGUUGGCACAUCAGAUUUCAUGCACCAAACAUAGCUCUACUGCCAACAUCUCCGAGCGGUGACGUUAUCGAUCGGUUUUAAUUUCGUCUUCAAUCGCUGCUAGGACACGACUGCCAGUGAAAAAGCGUUGGGACUUGUGGCUCGGACAAAUGAGUGACCACGGUAAGAAAGUGAUUAUCAUUUAAACCAAUGACGUCACGGUGGAUCCCUAGUACCAUGGACUUGCAGGAAGAUGGCUGCCGGGAGCCGCAUCACGGCGGAGAGGACAUGUAAUCCAUCACACAAGAAACAGGUUCAUCAGCAUCUCAAGGAGCUUCUGUCCCUACAUUCAUUGUACCGAUUGAGCACUCAGCAUGAUAUGACAUCUCUGUGAGGCGAUACAACCAACAGCGGACUGAGUGUGUCGUUAUAAAUCAGUUAAUGCAGUCUCCGCCAACUCUGCCUCGUGUUCUGCUCUGAGGAACAACAAUACAUCACGAUCCCUCACAAUACUUCCAAAUACAUCACAAUACAUCUAAUACAUCCAAUACAUCACAAUACAUCACAAUACAUCACGAUACCUCACAAUACAUCACAACACAUUCAAAUACACCCAAUACCUCCAAAUACACCUAAUACAUCCAAAUAAAUCACAAUACAUCCAAUACAUUCAAUACAUCCAAAUACAUCUCAAUACACCACAAUACAUCACAAUACAUCACGAUACCUCACAAUACAUCACAACACAUCCAAAUACACCCAAUACCUCCAAAUACACCUAAUAAAUCCAAAAACAUCACAAUACAUCCAAUACAUCCAAAUACAUCACAAUUCAUCCAAAUACAUCCAAUACAUCCAAAUAUAUCCAAAUACAUCAAAUACAUUCAAUACAUCCAAAUACAUCUCAAAACAUCACAACACAACACAAUACAUCACAAAACGACGGCGUGCCAAUCCAUGACAGCAUGUCACACUGAUCGGCUGUAGUCAUCAUAUUUGCGCCCAAGGUCCAUAACGUUGGAUAUAGGAAACAUGGAUACCAAGGUUAUCUUCAGCCGGAAGCCGCCCCGGGAACACAAUGGGUACCAGGAAGACUACAGCAGUGACAAAGUGUACGAUGGGGAGUAUUCUGACGAUGAUGACGUGUUCGUGGAGGACCCAAUCCUUGACGUGUCAUCUGCCACGAAACCGCUCAUGCACCCCCGACAAAGAGCAAGGGUGAAAAGUAGACGACCAGAUUGUAAAUGUAGACUUCUCAUCCGGCCAAUUCUGUACUUCCUGUUCCUAGUUGCCUCCCUUGGCGGACUGAUGAUUCUCAUAUUGUUCCUGGUGAACCGGUAUCAACACCGCUAUGAUUUUCUAACACAGAAGCUCAUUGGUGGAAAGGAUGCUGAGACGAUGGCUGUGAUUGGCUGUGAUAAUAUUGAGGUGGAGGAUGUUUGGGUUAUUGGAAUGCCGAAGAUGUUGACAGAAACUGCAUUCAGGAUGGUGGAGGUCAAUCAGGAUGGAAUACUUGAUGUCAUAAUGGGAUUUGCGACAGGGGCUGACGGCUAUGGGAUUCCCGACAUCGUGUGUGAUAUUUAUUUUAACGGUACGAAGCCUUGUUUCGGCGGAUUACUCGCCCUUGACGGAAGGACGGGGAAGGAGCUAUGGCGGCACUACGCUCCGCACGAGAUAUACGGCGUCAACUGUAACGCUGACCUGAAUGGCGACGGUGUCCUUGACUGCCUCGGGGGAGGACGGGCGGGGACGUUCCAGGCCGUAAGCGGCAAGGACGGACAACUCUUGUGGAACUUCGGCGACCAGGAAUCCCGGAACAGCAUCAUGAACUUGUACACCGCACAGGUCGUCGCUGACCUCGACCACGAUGGCGUCGUCGACGUCCUGGCUGCACAUGGCGGCGACCCCCUACAGGAUCCAGGUAGCGAGUUCCGCCUGACGGGCCGACUCAUCUUCUUCAGCGGCCGCACCGGUGAGGUGUUGCGGUGGGUGGGGGUGCCGGACCAGAGGGAGACGUACUACUCCCCCCAGGUGUACACCCAGCUGGAUGGGACGCAGAUCGUGCUGUUCGGGACGGGGGGAGAGACGCACGCGGGGUCGCUUUGGAGGAUCACGCUGAAUCAUCUGUUCAAGGGCCAGGUUCAGAAGGCUGUGAAAAUAUACACUGACGAGUAUAAGGGGGUCAUGACGCCUCCGGUCCUUGUUGACAUCACCGGGGAUGGCGUCCAGGACAUCAUCAUCUCCACCUUCAACUCCAGCACCAUCGCCUUCGACGGCUACGACUACACUCAGUUGUGGAACUACACCCUGCCCCUGUCGGAAUCGUACAGCACUCCAGCUGCCGGCUUCUACAACGACGAUGACGUGCCAGACUUUCUGGUGAAGUUUUCUCACGGACCAGGAUUCCCCGUGUACUACUACUCCGAGACAACGGUGCUGGACGGCAGGACAGGUGCCCCCCUCCUGGAUCAGUCAGUGAGGGACACCGUGGGGGCACAGACCUCCUCCCUGACCAUCAGCCUGGAGGGGAGGGGCAACGACAUCUUCCUGUACUGGCUGGCAGACUGUGAGGACCACGAGGGAGGGGGAGAGGAGUUCAACUUUCUGAAAGGCACAAACGUCCAUGAACAGAGCCGGUCCGACUUCUGUAAACUUCGCUUCAAGACCAAGGGCUUCAGCAAAGUCUUUGCAUUGAGUUCACACGUGGCGCCACCAGGGAAAACAGUGUAUUAUUCAGGUGACAGGCAGCGUGUGGAACACUCAGUGUGGGUCAACACAAGUAAAGAGGCUCUGGACUUCAUCGCAUCUCACCCACACCUCAACAGCCACUACGACAAGUAUAUCUUGAAGGCUCAGGGUCUUUGGCAGCAGCCAACAGACGACACCGUCACCAAUGACGACAGGAUGCCAUCCCUGACGAUGCCGACUAAAGAAUUCAUUUCCCCUGAAGCACACUACCGCAAUGAACAGACUUCCAGUCGGAAGAAGGGAGCUCAGAUACCCGCCAGACAGGAUCUGAACAGAAAUAGACAGGUGCCCGGUACAAGGAACAGGGGCAGCUUGGGAAUUCCAAAUCGGAACGGAUACAAAGAUAAUGGGAAGUACGGGAACACUAUUAACGGCUAUAUGUCAACGGGAGACAACUCUCCGAGGCGGAACCAGUACGACACUGACUACUACCAGCUUCCGUAUGAUUUAAACACGGACUCGCAACAGUAUCCAGGAUAUUAUCAAAGAAAUGAUGAUGAUUAUGAUGACAAUGAUAGGUAUGGUCAAGAUUAUCCUAAAUAUAAAUCAGAGAAGAGAUCGCAGCCAGCGGAAAAGUUUCAUUUUAUGAGGGAGAAGCGAGAUGCUGAGAUGGAAGAGAAGAAUUUUAUGACUGUUGAAAAGUUAAAAGAAUUAAAUGAAAAGCUUCUUAAAGAAAUUAAGAAGAGGGAGAUGGGAUACAGUCGAUAUGAGGGGCAGUAUAUGAGAAGGAAGAAGCGUAAUAGUAACAAAAUGAAGUCACCGGAUCAUGGAGAAAACCGGAAGCGGAAGAGACGCCAUGUUGGUCCACAUGACGCGGAUGGGCUUCAGAGGCUGAUAUCUACGGGCACUGUGGCUCCGUCAUCUUUACCCCCGGAUCAUCCCAAUUAUAACCAUACCAUGGACUUUAUAUUCGCAACCUAUUGGUUUUAUCCAGCGAAGACACACGCCGUUUUACCCAAGGAUCAGAAGUGCAUAUCGAAUAAAAUGGCGAACGAGAAGAUUCGUUUUGAUCCAAAAAGCGAGUACUACGGCUUGGACCAUGACAACUAUGAACGCGUAAUCACAAAAGACUGCAUUAAAGAGAGCGGUCAUGAACUGCCAGAUGACGGAGUGUACGAGAGCCAAGACGACUACAACCCUUUCAGUAUCCACAUGGGUCAGAUGACAGUCUACAGGGUUCGUAUCACAUGCACGUGUCUAAAUACAACAAUGUCAGCUCCUCAGAACCAAAAUAAGAGAUGCUCUCAGAUGCUGCCAUACGACCACCAGCGAUGGCCAGCCUAUAUGGGCAGAUUCGCCGAUAGCCAUUGGAUGGGCAACUGAUGUUUCAUGCAAGCUCGACUUGAUCUAAGAGGGAUCUUGUCAUGUGAUAAAAGAAACAAUGGCAAAAAUGUUGAGACGCAGCUGCUAAGAAACAUCAUUUCUUUAACUAAGAAGGGAAAUCAGAAACAUUAAGAUGCAAUGUGCGGGAUAAUUGGGAACAUUUGCAAAUGUGUUUCUGGCAGGUAAUGUAUAAGUGUGUGUCAUAAGAAGAGUUCCCAAUCCUUUCAUGAAUAUGCGAAAAUAUUUAUCCUUACCUGUAAAGGAAUGGCAGUGACGAGGAACCAGUGCUUCAGACUUUGACCAACAUUGGAGUCCAUGGUGCUUAGCGAGCACUCGCACCACACACUAUGUAUUACUGAUGAUGCUUUCGUUCAACAUUCAAACGAGUCCCUAAGAAAUAGAGAAUCUCACCGAGUGUCUUUUGGUAUCAAAUAUAUCAACACGAGU